GUCGAAUUGCGUUCUGAUUAAUCGCUUUCGCAACUGUGGUCAAUCACUGCAAUCGCCAUGGACACACGUAGAUGGUCACUGUCGACUUGCGGUGAAUGCGAUUUUGUUUUAGAACCACCUCGACGCUCUGGAAUAGAACUUGAACGUCACAAGCCUUGUUUAGGCAUAGACAAACUAAUACAAGAAGAAAGAGAAAAUCAAGAGUGGAAUGUCGCUUUUCAAAAGGCUUUAGUAAAGAGAUUGGAGGCUUCGGAGAGGAGACUCACGCUAGAUGAUUAUUUGGACGACGAUGAUGAUGACGCUUUACCUAGAGGAGGACGAAAACGAAAGAGAAAGAAGGAAGCUCAAACUACUGCUGCACCAGCAGUAAAAACUGAACAAGUUGCGGCCAAAUUCCCUGAACCUAAAGAAGUAUUCAAAGAGAAAAAAUGCAGGUGCUCAAGAAAAAUAAGAAAAGAAGAACGAAAACGGAAAACAUUUGUAAAGAUAAUGGAAAGAGAACAAAGAAAAUUUGAAAGGCGAAGUUUAAGAGCUCAAGAGAAAUACGAAAAAGAUCGACAGAAAGCUUACAAAAAAUGUGAGAAUACGCAACUCGCCAUGGAAAAGGGAUACUUUAAAAGAAACAAAGAUGGUGUUGUAGAUAAAGCUGAAGAGACUUAUAGCGUGUUUAUACAUAUGGAUCCAGCUGAAUGCGGUUGCCAUGCACGAGACAGAUGUUGGACAAAAUUCAAGAAACGUGUCUUUGUGUUCUUCGUCUGGUUUUACAUUUUCGGAUUUAUCAUUGCCGGCAUUGUUACCUACGUUCUAACAUGGCUUUAGCUUGAAGUGUGCCUUAAGCAGAGUG